CGGAAGUAAGUCUGCAGCGGGUACCUGUCAAUGUCAGCAGUCGCAGUCUCAUCUCCUGUACUGUCCACAGUCUCUGGUCAUCCCUGUACUAUGUCUGCAGUCUCUGGCCAUCACCUGUACUAUGUCUGCAGUCUCUGGUCAUCUCCUGUACUGUGUUCGCAGUCUCUGGUCAUCUCCUGUACUAUGUCCGCAGUCUCUGGUCAUCUCCUGUACUGUGUCUUCAGUCUCUGGUCAUCUCCUGUACUAUGUCCGCAGUCUCUGGUCAUCUCCUGUACUAUGUCUGCAGUCUCUGGUCAUCUCCUGUAUUGUGUUCGCAGUCUCUGGUCAUCUCCUGUACUAUGUCCGCAGUCUCUGGUCAUCUCCUGUACUGUGUCCGCAGUCUCUGGUCAUCUCCUGUACUGUGUCCGCAGUCUCUGGGUCAUCUCCUGUACUAUGUCCGCAGUCUCUGGUCAUCUCCUGUACUAUGUCUGCAGUCUCUGGUCAUCUCCUGUACUGUGUCCGCAGUCUCUGGUCAUCUCCUGUACUAUGUCCGCAGUCUCUGGUCAUCUCCUGUACUAUGUCUGCAGUCUCUGGUCAUCUCCUGUACUAUGUCUGCAGUUCAUUGGU